CAAGUUUAGUUAAUGGGUGGGGAUGAUGAUGCUAAUAUCAUGUCAGUUGUGGGACAAUAAUUUUGCAGUGUAAUGUUGCAAUUGUUAUGUUGGUAAUCCAAGCCAUAUUGAUUUGUUAGUUAGAGAUUGUAUAUGGUGAGAGUAUAAUCCCACUUGUGUAAUUGUCAUUUAUCUGUGGAGCUCUAAACGGCUAUUCAUCCCCACUUAUUUUGUGUACAUUUGAAGGAGCAAUGUUUUAUGAUGAAUGUUUUGUUGAUUAUUUUGACAGGUUAUGUACUCAUUCCUUGAUCGGGUCAUUAACUUAGGUUUUCCUAGGACAAGGGAUUUCCAAGGUGUAAACCCCAACAGCUUUGAUGGACAUGGGAACUUUAGCGUCGGAAUUCGUGAUCAGAGUGUGUUUCCAGAAAUCAGUUACGAUACAAUCGGCAAACCAAGGGGAAUGGAUAUUUGCAUCACUACAACAGCCAACACCGAUCAGGAAGGUCAGAAACUAUUGUCUCUUAUGGGGAUGCCAUUCAGAGAAGGCGGUGGUGGUGGUCCUGCUGCAGACAUGCGCAAGAAAAAGCUGAAGCGUCACCACUUCGACAAAAAGGGAGUAAAGGGUGGAAAGGGGGGAAAGGGGGGUCGCAGGUAGAUAAAGGAACAAUCUUCUUAAAUGGCAUCAAAUCAUUGUUGCAUAUGUUAUUUGCAUUGUGCAUGGAGGCUGUGCAAGGCAUGAUUAGGUUGUAUGUUCAUGAGGGUAGCUCUGAUUGUAAUUCUGAUCCACAUUAGAGUUUGUUACAUUCAGAAUACGAUUUGAUCAUGUCCAAAAACGAUUUUGGAAAUGCGAAUCUUGUUUUUCCUUAUUUCGGAUUAUAUCAGUCUUAUUUCACAAUGAACUGUUACGAUAGUG